GACAUUUAUAUAACUAUAUAUAACUCAAAUUUUAUGUUGAUAAAAAAUGUUGAUUAAGUGUUGUAACUUUUAACAAAACAUUAUACGCUAUUUCAUAUACGAUAUGAUUAAAAACCAUACAUGGUUUAUUCGUUACAUUUAGCAUAGUGACACUUGAAAAUGUUUCUACAAUUCAUUUCUAACCUUUAUAUCAAGAAAAUUAUGACAAUGUAGCGCGAAGGAAAUUUUAAUUAAAAUACACAUCAAGAAAUUUCAUGUUAAAAAUAUAACUAAUAUUUCUGUGAUUGCAAGAAUUACUUGGUGAAAUUUGGGAUGCAAAACAUUUAGCAAAAACAAACAAAAGACAAUCUGAUGAUUCAUUUUAUUAAAAUAAAUAAUUAUAAAACUAUACAAUGUCUAACUCAAAACUUGUUUUGAAUAUUAUAAGUCUUGAAGGAAUGAUCAUGAAGUUUAAUGUGACGUCAGAUAUAACUAUCAAUAACAUAAAAAUUAUUGCAAUAAAACAUUUCUACGGUGAUGAUAAAUCAAGAAGUCCAACAAACUUUCGUUUAGUUCAUACAUCUGAAUUCAAGUGGCUUACAGAUGAUCAUAGUGUAAUUAAUGAAAAAGUUAAUGAAAAUGAUGAAUUAAUGUUAAUAAAGAUACGUCCAAUACCCAUAAAAGAAAAUUUAUCUGCAGAAAUUUUGAAAGGUCCAGAUAAAGAAAUAGUACUACAAAUAACAAAAGAUUUACCCAUACGUAAUCCACCUAAACCUAUUCCAUUUCUUCCUUGUCCUGCAGAUUUUCAGAAUGAAAUACGAAAAAUUUUAAUUACACUUGUAAAAGCAUCAGCAAGGAUUAUAUCAUAUAGCCCAGAAGUACAAAAGUUUUAUGAUAUCUUAAAAGAAAAAUUAGAGGCAAAAUGUAAACCAAAUAUUAAUACAAAUGCUGCAAAAACUCUCACAGAAAUGGGUUUUUCUGAGAAAAAGAUUCUGAAAGCUCUUCACUUACGAAAAUCAAAUAUAGUAGAAGCAUUAGAAUGGCUAGUAGAACAUCAGAAUGAUCCAGAAGAUGAUGAUGAUGAUUACUUAGAUUUGAUAUCUAUUGAAAAAGGGGAAACAGGAUGUGAAAAUUUAAAGAAGGAAGAAAAUGUACUCAGCAUAGUAGAUCAUUUACUAAAAAGUUACCAUUACUGUAGGAAGAUGGAUUUCAAACCUAGUUCUAGAGCAGUACAAUCACUAUCAGAGAUGGGAUUCGAAGAAAAGAAUAUUAUUGAGGCACUAAAAAUUACUGGAAACAAUCAAAUUAAUGCUUGUGAAUGGUUACUUGGAGAAAGGAGGCAUAGUUUACAAAAUGUAGAUAAAGAACUUGAUCCAGGUAGUCAAAUUUAUAAAGUAAUCAUGAAUGAUCCACGUAUUCAACUUAGUCUUACAAAUCCUAAUAUGUUACUUGUGUAUUUAUCACUGUUAGAAUCACCAGUAACUAUAAGUGAACGAAAAAGAGAUCCUGAAGUAGGACCAGUAUUAGAUCACAUUAUAUCAAUGUAUCAUGCCGAAAAACAUACGAUUCAUAUCAAUCAAUAUGCAAUUGAUUUCUAAUUUAAAUAUUAUUUUGUAAAAUAAAUUAAUAUUAAUAUUAUGAACAAUACAAUAAUAACAUAAAUUAUAAUAAAAUAAUAAAUGAAUAUCAUAAGCUUGUAGCAAAAGAUUUUCUAAAUGUUUUUAAUGAUGAUGUAAUAGACAUACAUACUAAUGAAAUCUAUUAUUAUG